AUGCUUGACCCGAGGAUACCUGACCCUGACCCGAGGAUGCCUGACCCGAGAACGACUGACCCGAGGACGCCUGACCUGAGAACGCCUGACCCGAGGAUCCCUGACUCGAGGAUGCAUGACCCGAGGAUGCCUGACCCUCGGACACCUGACAUGAGGAUGCAUAACCCGAGGACGCUUGACCUGAGGAUGCCUGACCCGAGGAUGCCUGACCCGAGAACGCCUGACCCGAGGAUCCCUGACCCGAGGAUGGCUGACCCGAGAACGCCUGAUCCGAGAACCCCUGACCUGAGGAUGCCUAACCCGAGGAUGCCUGACCCGAGAACGCCUGACCCGAGGAUGCCUAACUUGACCCGAGAAGAGAAGAUGAUGUCAUCCUGCAAUUCUUCAUUUCUGCUCAUCACCUUCAGCUUACUCCUAAUUAUUUGCGAAGCACAAAAUGGUCGCGGCCUUCUACCUGAAGAAGAAAAGAAUGCUCUGAGAGAAAUAGGGGAGCAGUUAGGGAAAAGUGAUUGGGAUUUUGAUGUGAAUCCCUGUGAUGAGAGCACUAGCUGGACUACACCAGGAACGGAUGAUUUGUCAGUGUAUGUGAGCAAUGUAACCUGCAAUUGCAAUACCCCUAAUGGUUCCUGUCAUGUACAAAGCAUAUUACUCAAAGGACAAGAUCUUAAUGGUGUUCUUCCUCCAUCCCUGGUGAAGUUACCAAAUCUCACCAAAAUUGAUCUCUCAUGCAACUAUUUGAGUGGUACAAUUCCCCCUGAAUGGACAUCUAUGAAACUGGAAUACAUGUCUCUUAUGCUGAAUCAACUAUCCGGACCAAUUCCAAAGUACUUAGGAAACAUGACUUCACUAGUUUAUAUGAGAUUGGAAAGUAACAUGUUUAAUGGAACUGUUCCAAAAUAACUCAGUGACAUGGUUAAUCUACAGGUUCUCAUUCUUAGUUUUAAUAAUCUCACAGGUCAGUUACCAGAGGAACUCAAUAAACUCACUAAUUUGAAAGAACUUAGGCUGAGAGGUAACAACUUCACAGGAAAACUUCCUAGCUUUGAGAAUUUUAAAACCCUUCAAAGAUUAGAGAUUCAAGCUUCUGGUUUUAAAGGACCUAUAGCUCCAGUCAUUUCUGUCUCGACUCAAAUGAUCGAAUUGAGAAUCACUGAUUUGACUGGAGGUGCUUCAGAAUUUCCACUGCUUGGGAAUAUGACACUCCUAACUAGAUUGGUAUUGAGGAACUGUAAUUUAUCUGGGAAGAUUCCUCCUUACAUAACUAAUAUGCCUAAAUUAAAACUUUUAGAUCUAAGUUUGAACAAGUUUGAAGGACAGAUCCCAAAUCUUGAGAGUCUAAAGAAGUUGGACUUCUUGUACCUGGUAGGAAAUAGACUUACUGGGCCAAUUCCAGAUUGGGUCAAAAGUCGAAAUUCGAAACACAUGAUAGACCUGUCUUACAACAACUUCAGUGAGAGCUCUGAGCCUAUUUGUCAGGAAACCCUAAACUUAUUCAGAAGCUAUAAUGGAACGAAAAAUUCAGAACUUGGGAAAUGUGUGCCAAGAUGUUCAAAGAAAUGGUAUUCGGUGCACAUAAAUUGUGGUGGAGAGAGUGUGACUAUUGGGGACACCGUUUACGAAGCAGAUAGAGAUUCAGCAGGUGCAGCAAAAUUUACUUACUCGAAAGAGAGCUGGGGAGCCAGCAACAGUGGAUACUUCUGGGAUAAGUCCAUAACAGCGAAAGACUACCUGGCGAAUAAUAUAUCUGCCAUUAAGGGAAAUGACUCUGAACUGUACACGACAGCUCGGCUCUCAGCUUCAUCUCUGACUUACUACGGACGUUGUUUAGCAAAUGGAAACUACACCGUGACACUGCACUUUGCAGAGAUUGUUAUAAGAGACAAUCGAUCUUUCCAAAGUCUUGGAAAACGGAUAUUUGAUGUCUAUAUUCAGGGUGAGAGGAAGCUCAAAGAUUUUGAUAUUAGAACUGAUGCUGGAGGAGUUGAUAAACCUUUCACGAUAAAGUUCAAUGCAACUGUAGCAGACAGCACUCUAGAAGUGCGCUUUCAGUAUGCUGGGAAAGGAACAGCUGCUCUCCCUAGAAGAGGAAGCUAUGGCCCUUUAGUUUCUGCCAUCUCUUUUGAAGCUAAUUUCAAGCCCCCUCCUGAUCACAAAAAGUUGGUUCCCAUCAUAGCUGGAGCAGUGGUGUCCUUACUAAUUCUCAUUUUCAUAAUAUCUUUUGUUGCUUGGAAGAGACACAAAAACAGGAUAGCGAAGGAAGAAGAAUCAAGAGGACUAGAUUCAAUGACUGGUGUAUUUACCAUCAGACAAAUCAAAGCUGCCACAAACAAUUUUGACGCUGCAAAUAAAAUCGGGGAAGGUGGUUUUGGCUCUGUCUACAAGGGUACACUAUCGGAUGGCGCAGUUAUUGCUGUUAAGCAGCUUUCAUCCAAAUCGAAACAAGGGAAGCGUGAGUUUGUAAAUGAGAUAGGUAUGAUCUCUAGUUUACAGCACCCAAAUCUUGUACAACUAUAUGGAUGUUGUGCUGAACGGAAUAACCUGCUACUGGUGUACGAGUACAUGGAGAACAAUAGCCUGGCUCGUGCUUUAUUUGGUCCAGAAGAACAUCGGCUCAAAAUAAACUGGCCAACCAGGCAAAAAAUCUGCAUUGGGAUAGCAAAAGGCAUAUCUUUCCUACAUGAAGAAUCGUCAUUAAAAAUUGUUCAUAGGGACAUCAAAGCAACGAAUGUACUUCUUGACAAGAAACUAAACCCGAAAAUCUCAGACUUUGGUCUGGCCAGACUUGAUGAUGAUGAUAAUAACACACAUAUUACCACUAGAGUUGCCGGAACCAUAGGAUAUAUGGCUCCUGAAUAUGCACUAUGGGGUUACUUGACCUACAAAGCAGAUGUCUACAGUUUUGGAGUUCUUGCAUUAGAGAUUGCUGCUGGGAAAAGCAAUAUGACAUAUCGCCCCAAUGAGAAAUUUGUGUGCCUCCUAGAUUGGGCCCUUGUUCUACAAAGGCAAGGAAAACUGAAGGAAGUAGUAGAUGCAACAUUGGGCAGUGAUUUGAACGAGGAUGAGGCUCUAAGGAUGUUAAAUGUAGCUUUGCUAUGUACCAGUCCAUCUCCAGCACUUAGGCCAACUAUGUCUGCUGUAGUCAAAAUUCUUGAAAAUCAUCUUGACCUCCCUGAGUUUACCAUGGAAUCAAGAUUCUAUGAUGAUUAUGAUCUUCUCAACUUUCAAGGGUUAAGAGACAAGUAUGAAGAUACGAACGAAAGCCAACCACUUACACAUUCAUCAAAUACUAUUACUACAGAUUACUCUUACACUACCUCUACAUCACAAGCAGGAUUUCUUCUAAUAUCUUCUUAUAAUGUUAACAGAUUACUCAAAGGACAAGAUCUUGCUGGUGUUCUUCCUCCCUCCCUGGUCAAGUUACCUUAUCUCAAGACAAUUGAUGUCGCGCUCAACUAUUUGAGUGGUACUAUUCCCCCUGAAUGGGCAUCUAUCAAACUGGAAUUUAUGUCUGUUAUGGUGAANGUGCACAUAAAUUGUGGUGGAGAGAGUGUGACAAUAGGGGACAUCACUUACGAAUCAGAUGAAGAUUCCGCAGGUGCUGCAAAGUUUGUUUACAGGAAAGAGAGGUGGGGAUCCAGCAACACCGGGGACUUCUGGGUUAGUCCCAUAGAAUUGAGCCAGUACAAGGCAACUAAUGUAUCUUCCAUUAAGGGAGAUAACAGUGAACUAUACACGGCUGCUCGACUCUCAGCUUUAUCUCUAACUUACUAUGGACGUUGUUUAGCAAAUGGAAACUACACUGUGACAUUACACUUUGCAGAGAUUGUUAUAAGAGAUAAUCGAUCUUUCCAGAGUCUUGGAAAACGGAUGUUUGAUAUCUAUGUUCAGGGUGAGAGGGAGCUCAAAGAUUUUGACAUUACAACUGCUGCUGGAGGCGUUGAUAAACCUUUGACAAGGAAGUUCAAUGCAGUUGUAGAAGAUGGCAUUCUAGAAGUGCGCUUUCAGUAUGCUGGGAAAGGAACAACAGCUGUCCCUAGAAGAGGAAGCUAUGGCCCUUUAGUUUCUGCCAUCUCUUUUGAAGCCAAUUUCGAGCCCCCUUCAAAUCACAAAAAUAUGGCUCACAUCAUUGCUGGAGCAGUGGCGUCCUCAUUAGUUCUCCUUUGUACAAUAUUCUUUGUUGCUUGGAGGAGAAGCAGAAACAGUAUAUCGAAGGAAGAAGAAUUAAGAGGACUAGAUCUACUAACUGGUGUAUUUACCAUCAGACAAAUCAAAGCCGCGACAAACAACUUUGAUGCUGCAAAUAAAAUUGGGGAAGGUGGUUUUGGCUCUGUCUACAAGGGUACCCUACUGGAUGGUACUGUUAUUGCUGUUAAGCAGCUUUCAUCCAAAUCGAAACAAGGGAACCGCGAGUUUGUAAAUGAGAUAGGUAUGAUCUCUGGUUUACAGCACCCAAAUCUUGUCAAACUAUCUGGUUGUUGUGCUGAAGGAAAUCAACUUCUAUUGGUGUAUGAGUACUUGGAGAACAAUAGCCUCGCCCUAGCUUUAUUUGGUCCAGAAGAACAUCGUCUCCAAAUAGACUGGCCAAAUAGGCAAAAAAUCUGCAUUGGGAUAGCAAAAGGCUUAGCUUUUCUACACGAAGAAUUGUCAUUAAAAAUUGUUCAUAGGGACAUCAAAGCAACAAAUGUACUUCUUGACAAGAAACUAAACCCAAAGAUCUCUGAUUUUGGUCUGGCCAAACUUGAUGAUGAGGAUAAAACACAUAUCAGCACUAGAAUUGCUGGAACCAUAGGAUAUAUGGCACCUGAAUAUGCACUAUGGGGCUACUUAACCUACAAAGCAGAUGUCUACAGCUUUGGAGUUGUUGCAUUAGAGAUUGUUGCUGGGAAGAACAAUAUGAAAUAUCGCCCUUAUGAGAAAUUUGUUUGUCUUCUAGAUUGGGCCCUUGUUCUACAAAAGCAUGGAAAACUGAUAGAUCUAGUAGAUGAAACAUUGAGUUCAGAUUUCAAGAAGGAUGAGGCCCUAAGAUUGAUAAAUGUAGCUCUGCUAUGUACCAAUCCAUCUCCAGCACUUAGGCCAACCAUGUCUGCAGUAGUCAGCAUUCUUGAAGAUCAUCUUGACCUUCCUGAGUUUAACUUGGAAUCAAGAUUCCAUGAUGAUGAUGAUGAUGAGCUCAAGUUUCAAGGGUUAAGAGACAAGUAUGACGAGAUGCGGAGCUUGAGAGAAAGUCAAACACUUACUCAUUCGUCCAACACUACACGAAGAGAUUGCUCUUCCACUACAUCUGAAUCGGCUUAAUUAAAUUCACACUCAGAUCAAUAUUGUGAAACAAAGAGUAACAUAUUAUUUUAGGACUAUAUAUGUGAUGUGAGUGUAAUAGCCUAUACAGAUACUACUUUGGAGGAGACGCCAUUCCAAGCAAAUGGUAAACCUCUACUACUAAUACUAAUGUCUGGAAAACAGCCAUGAAAACUGAUACGAAUAGUGAAUUUGAACCUAUGAGUUCAUCCUCAUAAAUAGUAAAUGUUAAAGCUAGGGUAAAGCAAGG